AUGAAUCAAAUUGAGUCAAUAACUACUGAUAAUAAUGUAUUUAAUCGUCAACAAUCGAUUUAUGAUGGCUCAACAACACAUUCCAAUUUUAGUGAAGCACUAAUUGUCAUAUGGUUACGAACGAAAUCUGCAGCUGCAAAUAUAAAUUUUGAUUCAAUUGAACCUAAAAUUGAAAAUAGUGCUGAUUUAUUGAAAAACUUUCAUGAUUUGCCAAAAGAAUGUGAACAAUAUAUUUGUUCUAGACCUAAAAAUAUCAAAAUACUUUUUAUUCUUUCACAUGAAUAUGCUCAAGCUCUUCUUAAAAGUGUCCACGAUCAACCCGUAUUACACUCAAUAUAUAUAUAUGGUAAAAUUUAUAAGAAAGAAGAAAUAAAUGUCUAUCCUAAGAUAGUCAAUACGUACACGGAUCUCAAUAUAUUAACGAAUGAUUUAUGUUCCGAAAUCUACAACUAUAUUCGACAUGCACAAUUACCUAUGACGAUUUUCAAACAACAAUAUGAACAAGAUCAAUCGACCAAUUUGCUUAAUAAAUUUGCUUAUUUUAUUGACUUUUGGAAUCCCUUAUUUAUUGAUUUGUUAUACGAUUUACCUCAAACAGAUUAUGAACAACAAAAGAUUAAAUUUCUUGAACAAUGUCGAAUAUAUUAUCGAGCUAACGAAUCUGUUCUGCAAAUUAUCGACAAAUUUGAAAAUGAAUACAAACCUGAAUUUGCUAUUCGAUGGUACCUAAUUGAUUCAUUUGUAUUUCGUCUACUAAAUAAAGCAAUGCGUCAACAAAAUAUUGAAGGAAUUCUUAUAUUACAUUUUUUUAUCUUUGAUUUAUUUAACGAAUUGAAUAAGAUCUAUCAUGAAUUCAUUGAUUCAAAUGUGUAUGAAGAUAAUACAUAUGAAAUUGUUUACAGAGGACAAAAAAUGUUCAUUCAUGAAAUUGAUAAAUUAAAGAAAAAUUUAAACUAUGGUCCAAUUGUAAUAUCUAUCAAUAGUUUUUUCUCAGCUAGUCGAACACAAGGUAUAGCAUUGAGAUUUUCUGGUGCCAUUGAAACUGAUAAUGUCACUUCAAUAUUUAUGGAGGAUAUGAAACCUGUUUUAUUUGAAAUUGAAAUUAAAAUUGAUCAUAAAAUGCAAUUAAAACGAAAACCAUUUGCUGAUGUAAGUCACUUGUGGAAUGGACUAAAAUUAGAUGAACAAGAAGUUAUAUUCAUGGUUGAUUCAUUUUUUCAAAUUGAUUCCAAUAUUGAAGACAAAGAAAUUGAAACGAUAGUUAGCGGAGAAAAGGUAAAAGUUGUAGUAACACUUAUUAAAUUAAAAUUUAUUAAUGAAGAUGAUAUAAAUAUACCAAUUAUGAAAGAUUAUCAUAUUUUAAAAUCAACAAAAACAAUCGAAGGCAAAUUAGUUCGAAUUGGAAAUUUACUAAUCGAUCAAUCAUUAUCUAUUAGAUCUUCACAAUCGAAAGCAGAUUUAUACUAUAAGAUUUUGUUCAAUGAACCAAAACUUUCAAUGACUGUAGCAUGCUUAACAGGUCAAGCUUGGAUAGCAUUGAAGAGAGAACAAUAUAAUUUAGCCAUAAAAUUAGCAUUAGAAGCUUUAUCCAUCGUUGAUAAAUCUAAUGAUGAAUUAAAAAUUACUAUUCUAAAUUGUCUUGGUGGAGUUUAUUUGAAAUUAAAAAACUUUCCCAAAGCAAUAGAAUAUUAUACACAAGCAUAUAAUUUACCGAAACCAACUGAUAAUAAAAUAGUAAACAACAAUUAUUCAGGUCCAUGUAUUCCAAUUGAUAAAUAUGCAAUGUUUGAUAAUUACAGGAAUAUAUCAUCAAUUAAUAUCGCAUGUAUCCAUAAAAAAAAUGGAGAUAUUCAAUUGGCAUGGAAUAUGUACAAAGAAGCUAUUGAUUGUGAAAUGCGCGAUACUAAUGAUUUUCAUUGUCAUACAUGUAUGACAAUAGCUGAAUUUGGAACUCAUGAAAUGAUAAUAACUCAAGAAGAAAAAACUCGAGCAUGGAAAAAUUGGGAAAAUUUUCUUGAUCUUGGUCUAGUCGAUAUUCUUAAAUAUUGUACAUCAGUUGUAACUGGAUAUUUAUCAUUCAAUCAUCAAUAUGAUUUUCCUUCACAUCGAUAUAAUAAUAAUUAUUGUCGAACAAUGACAAUUAAUUAUUUUCGAAAAGUUGAAAAGCAAUGUGUACCAUAUACAUCAAAUCACGAAUAUUAUCUAUAUACUUUACAAUGUUACGAACGUCUUGCAGAACUAUACAGAGAUUGGAGCAAUCGAUUUAUUGAUUAUUAUGAAAAAAUGAUUGAAUUAUGUCUCAAAUAUCAUCCAGAUGAUUUAGAAAAUAUUAUCAUUAGUUAUAAAGGUAUGAUAGAAACUUACAAAAAGCAGCAGUCAAGAAGACCAGAUAAUUCUGAGGAUAUAUUAAAGAAACUAUGUGCUGACGAUAAUGAUAUAAUAGUUACAUCAGACAGAAUAUCGAUGACACCACCCGUACCACUAUUGACGCCACCCGUAACUCCGUUGAAACCUCCGACAUUCGGAAUAUUUUUUCAAAAUAUGAAACAUUUACAUUUCGCAUUUGGUUACUAUGAUAAAUGGAUAGAUCCUCGAUUGAAAAAUGAAUCGGAUUUGCAAGAGAAAAUCAUCUAUUGUCAUAUGAAAUUAGCUGCUCUAUUUUAUGAACAGAAGAAAGUAAGUGAUGCGAAAGAUUCAUUAAUAAAAACUAAUUUAUUAUGUCAAAAAUUUAGUUCAGAAAUGUUUGAUGUUAGACAUAUCUGUGAUGAAAAUUUGUCAUUGAUAAAUAUGAAUUUUGAUUUCACUAUUCAAUCAUAUAAAAAUCGAUUAUCAACAACAAUUACUAACAUUACUGGUAAUUGUAUAGAUGAAGAUAAUUAUUGUUAUAUAGCACAAUUAUAUGAGAAAAAGAAUGAUUUCAAUUCAGCAUUCGAAUUUCUACAAAAACCAAUUGAAUAUUUUGAACAAUAUGAUUAUAUCUGUUUACAUACAAUUGAUUGUUAUAGAAAAUUAGCAAAACAUUAUCAAAUAAUUAAAAAUGAUAAAGAGUCUACUGUUAAUACAUAUGAAAGAGCAAUCAAUUUCGUCUGGAAACAUCAAUCAUAUCCAAUGACAAUAAUUAUUUCGAUUAUUGAAAAAUAUUUAAUUCACUAUUUAAAAAAAAUCAAUGAUUUAGAUACAACUAUUCUUAUUUAUGAAAUAUUUUGUGAAAUUGUUCAAUAUGAAAUAAUUAAUAUUACAAUAUUAUAUAAUCAUUUGAAACGAAUUUUAAAAUUAAUAGUUCGCAAAUCUGAUGCAUUUAAUGUAGUUCUUGAUGUUUAUGAAUCGUUUCUUAAUUUAAUUUUAAAAAUAAUCAAUCCAUUAACUUCACAAAUGACUAUGGUUUUAAUUCAUUUUCGAGAUCAUUUUAUUAUUACAUAUAAAAAAUUCAACUAUUUAUGUUCAGCAAUUGAAAUUUAUCAAAAAUUAAUAGAUCUUCUUUUCAAACAUCAAAAUGAUACAAUGAAAAUUAUAAAUGAAUAUAAAAUAAUAGCAGCUAAAUUUAUAACAAAACAUUUCUUAGAAAAUUCAGUAAUAGCAUAUGAAAAUCUAUUAGAUUUUGCAUGUCAACAUCAUACGACCGGUUAUUUUAUUGAAAAUGAUUUAAUUAGUUUUAUUUUUUAUGUCUGGAAAUACGAAAUUAUUAAACAAUAUUUGAUAGAAAAUAAUUUCGAUUUAGCAAUUAGUUUACAUUAUAAAAUGAUUUAUUUUCUAGAAAAAUAUCGAUUAAUCGUCAAUACUAGAUAUAAUUUAAAUGAAUUUAUACAAACAACAUUACAGAAUUAUGAUGAAAUAGUUAUAAUCUAUCAAUUAAAAAAAACUAAUUUAAAUCAAAUUAUGAAUAUUUAUCAAGAACAGAUUGAAUUUCUGGCAAAGUAUCAAACAGAAACUGUUCAAAAACAUAUAAACACAAUUAUUUUCAAAUGUCGACAAUUUGCUUCAGCUCAUGAAGAACAAGCUAUAGAAUUAUAUUCAAAACUUAUUAUAUUCAUUCAAAAGAAUCGUCUACAAUAUUUAUCUCAUCUAUCAAUUGCCUAUAAAGAACUCAUUCAAUUAAAUGAUACUAAUAACAAAAAACAACAAUGUCUAGAUUCAAGUGAUGAAAUUACUACUGACAAUUAUUUACCAAAUUCAUAUCGUAUUGUUGAUCUUAAACAACGUAUCUUGGACUAUAAACAAAAAGCUAAACAUUAUUUAGAUAAUAAUCAAUUUGAUAGGGCAAUAGAAGUUUAUAGAACUGAAUUGUUACCAUUUCUUUUAGAAAAUCAUGCACGAGAUGAUGAACAUAUUGCUACAUGUUAUAGACAAUUAGCAACAUUAUAUUACGAAGAGAAUGAGAAAAAUAUUCGAAUAGUAUUGAAUUAUUAUCAAAAAGCUAUUGAUAUUUAUGAAAUGCAAAAGGAUAAUUUCUAUACAGAAUAUGCUUUUGAAUUAAAUCCAAAUGUUUGUCGUCGUUAUGCAGAUACACUUUUUAUGUGUUAUAAUAUUAUGAAAACAAUUUAUAUCAUUUUAAAUGAUCAAAUUUCAUCGGAAAUAUAUAGACAAAAAGGAAUUGAUAUCUAUGAAAAACAUAAAAAUCAAUUUCAAUUCAAUGGCAAUCCUACAACGAAUAUGGUUACAGUUCAAAUACGUCCUUUUGUUGAACUAAAUUAUUGA